AUGACUGAUAAUCGUGUUGUGGUCGCUAUAGAUUUUGGAACCACCUUUUCCGGAUUCGCAUAUUCUAACCGAGCGAAUCCGGAAAUUAUUACAAAUGAUAUUUGGCCACAACAAAUUGGUCCAUUGAAAACUAACACGGUUCUUCAAUAUGAUGAAAAUUAUCAAAAUGUUCUUAAAUGGGGAUAUCCCGCUUUGGCUCAAAGACAAUCUCGUAGAAAUAAGAACUUAGAUUGUUCAAAACCUGUGGAACUUUUUAAACUUCAUUUAGGAGAUAUUUCUCAAAAUGAAAAACCCCCGCUUCCUGAUCAAUUAAGUCAUGAAAAGGCAAUAAGCGAUUACUUGCGUGAAUUAGAAACAGUUGCUUCACGGUGGUAUGGGUUAAACUUUUUUGAGAACGUUGUUCUCGUCAUAAGUAUUCCGGCCGAGUUCGAUGAUCGAGCAAAAGAUACUAUGAGAAAAUGCCUUUAUGAUGCCGGUCUGACGGAUAGUAAGAAAUCAAAUAAAGUUGAAUUUACAACUGAACCUGAAGCUGCUGCAAUUUACUGUAUGCGAAACAUCAAAGAGCAUAAGAAUGAUUUGAUCCCAGUUAAUGCAUCAUUUAUGGUAAUUGAUUGUGGAGGUGGGACUGUGGACCUCACGACACGUAAACUUUUAGAACGGGAACAGCUAAGUGAAAUCACUGAACGAAAAGGGGAUUUUUGUGGGGGGUCCUAUGUCGAUAGAGAAUUUCUUAAAUUCCUCGGUCGUAAACUUGGAGAAUCGACUAUAAAUCUUCUUAGAGAUAAUAAUUAUGGUCAAAUGCAAUUCUUGGUACAACAUUUUUGUCAAAAGCUAAAAUUUCACUUCACGGGAAAUCCAAGUGAAUUUGAUCCUUAUGAAUUUGACAUUGAAGAAGCUUGUCCCGUAUUAAAACAAUAUUGCAAAGUUGAUGUCAAGGAAGAAAUGGAAGAUAAAGAAUGGAUUAUUGAUAUAAAUUUUGAGGAUUUGAAAUCUAUGUUUGAUCCUGUGGUUGGAAAAAUUAUUAGAUUAAUUCAUAUGCAGCUUAACUCUAGUAAGAGUAAAUGUUCUGCUAUGUUCAUUGUUGGAGGAUUUAGCGAGUCAAAAUACUUACAAAUGAGGGUUAGACAAGAAUUCGAAACAUUGGUCCCAGCUAUUAUUAUACCAAAACAACCUGUUGCAGCUAUUGUUCGUGGAGCUUGUGAUUACGGGCUUAAAAUGAGCACGGUUGUAGAUCGUACUUUAAAACAUACGUAUGGAAUUCGUUCUUGUAGAGUUCGGAAAUAUGGAGACCCAACAAGUCAGAAAUUCGAUUCGAAUAAUACUUAUGUGUUUUAUCGUUUAAUUACUCGAGGAACUAAAGUGGAUGUUGAUCAAGAAUUUUCUAAAAAUUUUGAUCCCCUUUAUGCAGAUGCAACUUCCAUAAAAUUUAAUAUAUAUGUUACAACAGAAUUAGAUGCCGAAUUUUGUGAUGAACCUGGUAUGAGAUGUCUUGGAACCUUUCGGAUAGAUUUACCAGAUACGCAUUUUGGUUUAAAUCGUACAGUAAAGUUUUCAUUAAUUUUUGGGAAAAUGGAACUUGUCGCUAAAGCAAUAAAUUUACAAACUGGAAAGAUUUACGAAACUAGUUUUGAUUUAUUGUUAUGA